ACUGCAUAAUACUCAAGGUUAAGUUGGAAGGGACAUAUAUAGGCAUGUCAUCUAAAAGGACGUAUCUCUCGUGCCCAAUAACGGAAAAAGAAAAGGACAGAAGAUGAGAAAAAAGAGCAAGAUAAAGGAACACUGUUGAAGUAUUUUGGAGCACAACCAACUGUACCUGCCCCCGAUGUGUCAUCAAGUGUCAGUGCCUCCACAGCUGAUGAUACAGCAGGUUCACCCCCAGCAGACUUACAGUCACCUGAAAGUGAGGAAGAACUUUUACCCAUUGAGGAACAGUUACCAGCAUUGACAGUCACUGAUACACCGACUUCAACCUCUGCCGGCAUAACAGGUCAGUUAAUCUAACUGUUUUUGUUUUGUGUUGCCUUACUUAACUGUGAAAUAUCUUGUGUUAUGUUAUGAUUCUAUUUUUGUAUCUAAUGUCCCUACAGGUCCUUCUACAGCAUCCACUGCUAUGGAUGUCCCAUCCACUCCCUCAACAAGCACCAGCUAUCAAGGUGGAUCAACAGCUCCUCCAAUUGACCCAGCUGAAUGGUCAGCAUUCCUGUCUGACUCAGAAAGGACUGAUCUGGUAAGAACAGGGCCAGUGCAAAUUAGUGACACCUUCACCUUCCCCAAAAAAUCUGAUGGUCGAAGCUUUCAUUACCAUUAUACGUGUAGACAAUUAGUUAAUGGGGAAAAAAUCAAGCAAAGCUGGCUAAUUUAUUCAAAGAAGAAUGAUGCGGUAUACUGCUUCUGUUGCAAAUUAUUCUCCAGAAAGUCCACAAAACUGUUAACAGAGGGACAGCGUGAUUGGGUCAAUGUAGGAGCUUUUCUGAAACAGCAUGAGAAUAGUGUAGAUCACUGCAGCAAUAUGAUGAAGUGGAAAGACUUUGCCCUCCGUCUUUCUAAGCAGAAGACUAUUGAUGCGACAGAAAUGGCUCUUUUGGAGGCAGAAAGAAAUCGUUGGGGAGAUGUUCUCACACGUUUGAUUAGCAUCAUUCAGUCUUUGGCAGAGAGGAAUCUUGCUUUCAGGGGUUCUGUCGAUACUUUGCAUCAGGCCAACAAUGGGAACUUCCUGAAAGAGGUAGAACUGAUGGCAAAAUUUGACCCGGUGUUAAAAGACCACAUCAGGAGAAUUGAUAGUGGAAUGCAGCACAACACGUACCUGGGUAAGACUAUCCAAAAUGAGCUGAUAGAGUGUAUCAGUGACAAAAUAAUGGAGGCAAUGGUGGCAGAAAUCAAGGACUGCAAAUAUUAUGCCAUCAUAUUAGACUGUACACCUGAUGUUAGUCACCAGGAACAAAUGUCUGUUGUGGUGCGCACAGUCACUCUGGGCAAAACACCAGAAAUAAAAGAGCACUUUUUGGGAUUUCUCAUAGCUCCACAAUCCACUGGCCUGGGUUUGUCCAAUUUAAUCCUUAACAGGCUUGAGGAAUUGAACAUCCCUUUUCAGGACUGUCGGGGCAGUCUUACGACAAUGGGGCCAAUAUGAAGGGGAAGAACAAAGGUGUGCAGGCUAGGCUCUUGGUCAAAAAUCCAAGAGCUUUUUAUGUGCCUUGCAGUGCUCAUACCUUGAAUCUGACCGUCUCAGAUGCAGCCAAAGCAUCAACUGAUGCUUAUCGUUUUUUCGGAAAUGUGGAGAAGGUAUACAAUUUGUUCGCUGGGUCCACUCAAAGGUGGGCCAUCUUACGGCAGUUUGUUGACCUCACCCUCAAGUCCUGGAGUGAGACCCGCUGGGAAAGCCGCAUCAAAAGCAUUGAAGCUUUGAGCUAACAGGCAGAGAAGGUGAGGGAAGCCCUGUUAGAAGUAAGGAAUAAAGCCACUGACCCUGUAGUGGCUGUUGAAGCCAACUCCCUUGCUGAAGAAAUAGGGUCAUUUCGGUUUCAGAUUUGUUGUGCUGUCUGGUUUGACAUUUUGACGAAAAUUAACAUCACCAGCAAGCUGCUACAGUCAACCAACAUGCAGCUUGAUGUAGCUGUAAACCUUGUACACAAGAACAAAAGUGAACUGAUCAUUUACCGGCAAAAAGGCUUCUCUGAUGCACAGACAUCUGCAAAAGAGAUUUGUGAGCAGAUGAAUACAGAAGCAGUUCUAAAAGAGAAGCGAUUGCGCUCUACAAAAAGGCCCUUUGCUUAUGAGGCUGCAGAUGAACCGUUGGCAGAUGCAAUGAAGAGGCUAGAAGUGUCCUUUUUUAAUGCUGUUGUCGACUGUAGCAUUCAGUCAUUGGAGGAUAGAUUUCAUUCUCUAAGCGAGGUCAAAGAAAACUUUGGAGUGCAGCUCAAUUUUAAGGAGCUCGAUCGAAAGGUCCAGAGGGAACAAUGUGAGCUUCUUGGGGAAAAACUCUCGUGUGGAGAGGAGGCUGAUGUUGAUGGUAGCGCACUGGCUGUAGAGAUCGAGAGUCUUCCUGAAUUUCCCCAAACCAUGACCGCCCUUGAGCUGCUCACAUACCUCUCACAAAACGAGAUGUGUGAGGUUUACCCAAAUCUUUGGGUAGCUCUCAGGAUAGCCUGCACUCUGCCUGUGACAGUUGCCUCAGCAGAGAGGAGCUUUUCCAAGCUAAAAUUAAUUAAAACAUACCUGAGAUCAUCGAUGGCUCAGGAAAGAUUAAGUGGACUUUCUGUUAUUAGUAUUAAUAGCAAAGUUGGCCAAGCAAUAUCAUAUAAUGAUGUCAUCAAUGACUUUGCCUCCCGAAAAGCUAGGAAGGAAAGAUGUUGAGGACAGUUACAUUGUAUUGAGACAGUUGGGAAUAUUUUCACAAUAAUUGAUUGUUGAACCCUUGCUGUCAUGUUACUGACUUAUCAGUUUUGUUAUUAUCGUUUAUUUGAAUGUUUUGAAACAGUUUGAUUUUAGAAGUUCCAAAUAGUUAGUUUAAAAGGUUAAUUGAAUACUGAGUCACUUUCAUUAUUUAAUCUAUGUAUCUAUGUAACGUUCUAUUUUUUAUUAUAUUCAUGCUUGUCUAUUUUGGUUUUAUUUUGUAAUUGGAAAUUGCUAACUUAAUACGCAUUUGCACAGUUGCAAAUUAUUUAUUUAAUAUGUUUGUGAUCGUUUGUUUGGAAUACAGAGGCACUAUCAUUAUUUAUUUUUUAAUGUUAUUUUUGAUAAUAUUAAUGUUUGUGUAUUUUGAUUUCAGUUUAAGAUUGCACAUUUACAAAUCUGUUGAAAGAUCUGUUUAUUAAACUGAUACUUAAAAAAAAAUACAAAUGCUGUUGUAUUUAAUUAUUUUACAAUUUAACUUCAGUAAACCACACUUGAUGCUUCACUUUGAAUAUGAAAGUUUAAAAUAAAUCUGUGAUCUAAGUGCCCUCUAAGGUUAAAAGGUGACUGUUUUGGUGUAAAUAACGACUAUAAUAAUACAGGGGUCUAUCAAGGGACAAAAGUCUAGAAUAU